AUAUUUUACAAAAUAAAACCUGUCAUGAAACCUGGAUAUAUGUUUAUUCCCGCCAUUCGGUUCUGUCAUCUUGCAGUCAAAGUUUUUUUGGUCAGAUGCAUAAACAUAAAGCGUGUGGGUAACACAAGUUUAAAAGAUUUUCACGUUUUGUCCUGAAACAAACUAGUUUGUCAACAAAUACCGCAUUCAUGAUGAAAUACCCCACUCGAGAAAAUUGAUCAAGGCGCCUAAAUUAUGCUUAGCCUACGUAUUCAGGUAAACCGCUAAUUCAGGUAAGGAAAUAGUUUACCGGUGAAUCCCGGGGUUUGUUCGUAAAACAAACACGGAUUUGUGCGUACUCACCGUCUGUGAAUUAGGCCCAUUGUAUUUCACACAAUAUAAACUAUAUUAGCCUACGUUUUCCAAAUGUAAUUAGAUUAGUCCAACCAAUAUUUUAGUUUGUACGCGAACCAUGACAACAACAAAAAACAUGCGGAAUGCCACAUAAUUAAUUUUCAUUAAUCCCCAACUUUCGUAGCGUCUACCCCGGAUUGGUGAAAGCUUCCAGGCUGAGGUAACCGCGCUACCAGAGCAACUUUCUGGCGCGCUAGCAGCCAUUGGUUUUUCGCAAGACCUGCUGUUUAAAAAGAAGCUUGGUGGAUGCACCGUCAGGAUUUAAUGGAAUCGUGCUGAAUGGAAUUUCUAGUAUGUUUUCUUCAAGCGAAAAGCGACUGAAACGCUGGACGUGAAAGCUGUCAGAACUGGAGAAGGCGAAGCCAUGCCGCCGGUAUCCGAGAUGGAGGUGUCUGCUUCCCACGGAGGGUCUACCGGGGGCUUGUCCCGAGCGGACUGCCUCUGUCCAGUCUGUCUGGAGAUCUUCCUCGAACCGGUCACGUUACCGUGUGGGCACACGUUCUGCAAGCCCUGCUUUCUGGAAACCGUGGAUAAGGCGAACAUGUGCUGCCCGCUGUGCCGCAAGCGAGUGUCGACCUGGGCGCGGCACAACGGCCGCAACAAGACACUGGUGAACAGUGAGCUGUGGCUCCAGGUGCAGGCGGCCUUCCCCGCGCAGUGCCAGCGCCGACUGGGAGGCCUGGAGGUGGACGAGGAGGAAAUAUCGUUCUUCAGGCCGCAGGUGUGUCUGCCAGGAGAGGUGAGGCAGGAGUACGAGGAUCAGAUCAGCAAGCUGGCGGAGGAGAAGCGGGCUGUGGAGGAGGCGGAGAGGAGGGCCAGUGAGGAGUACAUCCAGCGUCUCCUGGCGGAGGAGGAGGGCCGCCUGGUGGAGGAGAGCAGGAGGCAGGAGCAGAGGCAGCUGGAGGAUGAUGAGAGGCUGGCCUGGACGCUCAGUGAGGAGCUGAAUCAAAGCCCGAUCUCAGAAUCACAGAGGAACACUCGUUUGAAUAAAAACCCCCUGGCCAAGAGGAAACCACACACCAACGCUGGAGAUAUAGAGAAGUUCUUAAGCCCUCUCCCGAGGCCCCUCAGCGAUCCAGAGACCAGCUCCAGCCUCGCGGCCAACAAGGAGAACGUUUCCUGCCCAGACAGGAAGUCCUCCACACCCAGACCAGACCUCUGUCAGGAGCAUCCCAGCAUGCAGUGCGUCGCCACAACGUCAACAGAAGGCUCCAUGCACCCCUCAACUAGCCACACCCCACACACAAACUCCUCCCACAUCCACCCCUCCACAGGCCCCUCCCACACCAGCCCCAAGCCAGUGUCUGUAUCCAAGAGGAAGAGCUCGGAGCUGGGUCCCAGGGAGGAGGUGGAGGCUUUCAGCAAACGUCCGUGCCCAGCGGGGUCUCCCCCCGGGGGCGGAGAGCCCCCCUGGGCCCCGGAAGAGGCCACGCUGCUUCAGGAGCUGGCCCAAAGGGAGGAGGUGCUGUUCAGGCAGCAUGAGGAGGACCACAGGCUGGCCCAGGCCCUGCAGAAGGAGCUGGACCAGGAAGUGGCCCUCCAGGCUGUCGACCGCAGGAAGGGCUCCAGCGACCAGUACCUGCUCCGACAGAAGCCCAGCCGCGUUCAGUCCAGCUCGGGGCCGGUGGCCGCCACUCCCCCCUGCACCAACAGGGAGCGCUCUCGCUCGGCCAGCGCCACCAAACGGGGCGCGUCGGAGAGGAGACUGUCCAGCCCCAGGGUGAGAGGAGGAGGGGGGCAGGGCGGCCCCAGGGUGAGAGGAGGAGGAGGAGGAGGGGGGCAGGGCGGCCCCUCCAGCCCUGCUGCACCCUUGCUCUCCAUGGGUAGAGCCAGCAGGCAGGCCUCCCUCAUGGACAUGUUCCCCCCAGGACAAUGAGUCCUCCUCAGCCUGACACCGUCACUAACCCUCCCUCUCCACCUCCAGGGAGAGCGGGGAAGAGGGGGGGGGAGCAGGGAGGGGGGGAGAGCGGGGAGGAGGGGGAAAGGUUGGCCUUUUCUCUUAGUAUUGUUUGUGCCUUUUGAAACUCAUGCCUUGAGCUGGGUAGAGUAGAGAGGACUUCCACGAGGCCUUCACCUCACAGGACGUGCUGAGGAAACAGAGAGGACUUCCACGAGGCCUUCACCUCACAGGACGUGCUGAGGAAACAGAGAGGACUUCCACGAGGCCUUCACCUCACAGGACGUGCUGAGGAAACAGAGAGGACUUCCACGAGGCCUUCACCUCACAGGACGUGCUGAGGAAACAGAGAGGACUUCCACGAGGCCUUCACCUCACAGGACGUGCUGAGGAAACAGAGAGGACUUCCACGAGGCCUUCACCUCACAGGACGUGCUGAGGAAACAGAGAGGACUUCCACGAGGCCUUCACCUCACAGGACGUGCUGAGGAAACAGAGAGGACUUCCACGAGGCCUUCACCUCACAGGACGUGCUGAGGAAACAGAGAGGACUUCCACGAGGCCUUCACCUCACAGGACGUGCUGAGGAAACAGAGAGGACUUCCACGAGGCCUUCACCUCACAGGACGUGCUGAGGAAAGACCCCAGCUCAGGGGAGCAGCAACACCCAUGGUUAUCAAAUCUGGUUCAUAUUAAACUGUUUAGUUUUUUUUGUUCCUCUCCAUUCUUUAGACCCAUAUACUGUAUUAACUAUGAAAUAAAAUCAGACACAA